AAGCUGACUCCCAAUGACCUCCAGUCACUGACCAGUGCGGCCCACAGUAAGCAGGAGUGAGCACUGGUAUCCUGACGGACCAAGGCCAGUGGGAUCAUUGGGUUGGCCUGAUCAGGACCAAACGCAGCCACCAACAUGUCUGGAGAAAGAGGCCCCGGGCAUUCCCGUAGACCGAGGAGGCACGGCCUGUCCCGCUCUAGAAGAGCCGAACUGCAGUUCCCCGUCAGCCGCGUGGACCGCCUCCUGCGCGAGGGUCACUAUGCCCACCGCUUAAGCUCGUCCACGCCUGUGUUCCUGGCCGGCAUCCUAGAGUACCUGACAUCCAACAUCCUGGAGCUCGCGGGCCAGGAGGCCCGCAACAGCCACAAGAUGCGCAUCACCCCUGAGCACCUGCAGAAGGCCCUGGGCAACAACCAGUACCUGAGCCAACUCUUUGAGGAGAACACCUACUCCCAGGGGGAUGGGAUGGUCCAGGCCAGGAAGUGGUCAGGCCCGGGCACUGGGGCCGACAGCCGCAUCUAGUCGCCAGAGCCAACAGCCUCGUCUAGUCGCCAGAGCGGCACGCAGAUGAGGGGGGCCUGCUCCUCUGGGGGCACCAGCCAUUAAAGGGUUGAAGCCCAGG